AUGCCCGCCUUUGACUUGAAAACCUGCGCCCGUCCCAAUAUUCUUGCCUUGGAGCCGUACCGGUGUGCGCGAGACGACUACAAAGACAACGGAACGAACGUCCUCCUCGAUGCCAACGAAAAUGCAUUUGGUCCCUCGCUUUUCUUGCAGGAGUCCAAAAGAACAGAGGAGAUUGAGACCGGCGACGCAGAUGUCGACCUCUUCGGCCUGCACCGCUAUCCAGACCCCCACCAACACCCUCUGAAGCAGCUCUUCUGCAAUCUACGAAACACCCACAUCCAUACCAAGAAGAACAUCACGCCCGAGAAUCUGUUUGUGGGAGUUGGGAGCGACGAAGCCAUCGAUGCCCUUCUCCGCUGCUUCUGUGUGCCCGGCAAGGACAAGAUUAUUGUUUGCCCACCCACAUACGGAAUGUACUCUGUGUCAGCACAAGUUAACGAUGUUGGACUUGUCAAGAUCCCGUUACUUCCUGCGCCAGAGUUUGCCCUCGAUGUAACUGCAAUCACAUCUACACUAUCAUCUCCCGAUGCCUCGAAUAUCAAACUGAUCUACGUUUGCUCGCCCGGCAACCCUACCGGAUCUCUGAUUAAGAAGGAGGAUGUACAAAAGCUGCUUGAGCACCCUACUUGGAACGGAGUCGUUGUUUUAGAUGAGGCAUACAUCGAUUUUGCUCCGGAGGGAUCGUCACUUGCGGAAUGGGUAUCGGAGUGGCCGAAUUUGGUGGUGAUGCAAACACUUUCGAAAGCUUUCGGGCUUGCUGGUAUUCGCCUGGGUGUUGCGUUCACAUCUCCGCCGAUAGCUUCUCUAUUGAAUAAUAUGAAGGCGCCUUAUAAUAUUCCCAAUCCAACGAGCGAGAUUGCUAUAUCGGCACUGACGGACGCUGGACUUGGGACGGAUGGGGAACCUAGACGGGGCAAAGGUGGGUUGCGUUUAAUGGGAUGGCGAAGGACAAAGAUCAUCGAGCAAAGAGAGCGACUGCUUCAAGAGCUGCCGAAGAUCAAAGGUGUAGGAAGAUUCAGAGGCGGCACAGCGAGUAACUUCUUACUGGUAGAAAUGCUGGAUGCUCAAGGCAACCCAGACAACGUGACGGCAUUACAAGUUUACGAGCAGCUAGCAGAGGAUAGAGGCGUGGUGGUUAGAUUUAGAGGCAAAGAGCAUGGCUGUCUGGGAUGCCUGAGAAUGACAGUCGGGACAGAGCCAGAAGUCACAAGGUUAUUGAAAGAGCUAGGAUCGGUACUUGCGCAGAUUCACAGAGAUAAGCAACGGUCGAACGGGACUCUGGAGGAGAAGAGAGAAAUAGAGGCCAAUGCCGUGGUGUCGUAG